AUGUCGUCGACGGACAAGCUGGUGAUUCCGGCCUACAAACAGAGCUCCGAGCGGGAGUUCAACGAGUGGUUCCGCAACCUGCGGACCGCGGCGAAGCAACACAAGUACCUCCUCGACAUCAUCGAGGUGGGCACCAUCCGGCCGGGCGCGGAGCGCGAGGCCGAGGCGGUCGCGCUGCACGUGCGCUACAAGAACAUCGGCACUGCGGACGGCCUCAUCCCGGCCAUGAUCGACAAGUUCUUCAAGGACCUGUCGGUGACUCUGUCGCGCCAACUCUACGGUGCGCUGCAGAACGCCGUCAAGGACGACGACACGCUCGCCGAGAUGUUGGCGGACGAGGACGCCGACCACUACGACGACAUCAAGAAGGGCAUCGCGGCGAUCAAGUCGCUCAUCGAGUCGGAGGACACGAACUCCAAGAACGUGCGCACGAAGGCGCUGCGCGCGGAUCUCGAGAAGGCGUACUCCCCCGACGCUCUCAAGGACCUCACGUCCGCGAGCCUCGCCAAGUUCAAGACGGGCAUCGAGCAGGCGAACAAGUUGCUCAAGGACUCCCAGUGGCACCUCCCCGACGAGGUGAUCGAGGAAUACAUCCUCGACGCGAUCGCCGCCAAGGGGGCCACGCUCGGCGCAAACAUGCGCGUGCAGAUCGGCAUACAGCGCCAACUCGCCGCGCAAUCGGGCAAGACGUACAGCCUCAAGGCGUCCACGCUCGCGAUGCAGGGCAUCCUCGACCAAGACAACGCGGACCGCGCCAACGAGGCCAAGGCGGCUGCGCAGGCGGCGUUCGAGGCGGAGAUUGCCUCGCAAGGCGUGCUCAAGGAGAAGCUCGCGGCCGCCGAGUCCCAGGUCGCCGCCCUCCAGGCGCAGAUCAAGUCCGACAAGGGCGGCGGGGACCGCGGCGGCCGCGCAGCCGCUGGGCGCAAGCCGUGCCCCCACUGCAAUGGGUUGCACGGUGGCAAGUGCAUCGGCGACCUCAUCUGCAAGGGGGUCCCUGUCGCCAAGGUGCUCGAGGAACUCCCCGACCGCAUCGACCACGAGACGAAGGUGCGCAUGGCCCAGUCCUCGUACAAGAAGGUGUGCGCCAAGUCCCCCGGCCGCACCCUCCCGCACGACCCCUUCAAGAAGUCGGACUCCACCGCUACCGACCACGAGGAGGUGCGGGCGGCGCUGGCCGACUCUGUCACCCGCACGUUCGACCCGGACGGCAUCGUCGGCGGCUUUGUCGCUGGCGUCGGCACCGACCAGGUCGAGGACACCUUCCCCGACUCCAACCCCACCGACACGCCCGCCAUCCUCAAGGCCAAGACGGCGGCGCGCAAUGCGGCGGAGGCACGGGCGCGCGGCGGGCUGUGGGUCAAGUUCACCUCGUUCGUCACCGCGCUGCCUCGCCCGUACAUCGGCGCUUCCAUCCUACUCGUCCUGCUCGCGUGCCUCAUCCCGGUCUACAUGGGCUCGCCUGCCUCGAUCGGCACGCCUGUGGCCGACGCCGUGGACGAGCCCUCGAACAUGGGCGUGAUGGUCGAGUCCGUCACCGCACUACCCCUCGAGCUGUCCACCGGGCCGGCGACUGGCUCAGGUGGCGGAGCAGAGUACGCCAUCGAGGAGGACCCGCUCCAGCCGAUCUACCGCAAGGUCGCGGGCGACAUGUUCCGCGCGGUGAAUGACAUCGACGUGCCCAAGACGGUCCCGCUCGUCCUCUCGUACACGUGCAUCAUGCUCGCCAUGUACGUGGCGCGCAUGGACGCGAUGCAGGCACACGCGCUUGUCGGGCAUGUCAAGGUCGUCGACGCGUACGACACGACCGCCGGUGUGAACAUGCCGGGAUCGUAUGCCGCUGGCGUCGACUCCAAGGCGGGCAUGAACAUGUUCCCGACGCCCGACUACUUCCCUCACGGGUGGCGCGAGCCCGAGAAGCCCAUCUACAUCCGCUGCGCAAACAACGACUACCUCAAGGCGAAGGGCGUCGGCACCGCGUACGCCUUCGCGCUGGCUGACCCGACCAAGCCGCAGGACACCAAGGUUGUGAACACCGAGUGGGUGAACGCGCUGUACGCGCCCGGACUCGCCAUGCCUCUCGUCAGCGUCAAAGAGUGCAAGGCGCAGAACAUCGUGGUCCGCUUCGACCUCUGCCCACCACGCUUCAACUACCCCUCCGGGCAGACCAUCUACUUCGGGGAGGACUUCAACAUCCACCUGAUGCCGCUCGGCGCAUCCGUCGGCGCCAACGCCGCCAAGGCCAUCGUGCGCGGCAAGCCGGGGCGGCGCCCGACGGAUGGCACCUUCUGGCGGCACGCCCUGUGCAUCUCCGGCGACGCGCUAAAGGACCUCAGCAAGAUCGCGGACGGCGUGCCAGACCUCUCCAAGAUGGACCGCAACGAGGGCCUCGACGACGCCGCGCUGCAGGCGAACGCCAAGUACCACGCGCGGCGCAGCACCGGCCGGCCACUGGCCACUCGCUUCGGGGGCUCGCUCGGGGAGGCGUGGCCCUCCCUGUCGGAGAUCACGCACUUGACCACGAAUUCCUUCUUUCCAAUUCGCGAAAUGUCGCUUCGCCGACUCUGCGUCCGCCGGGCCGCAGCGCCCUCGCUCCGCUACGCGGCGGCCGGCUGGCGUGCGGCGGCUCCUCCUCGGCGGCUUUGCAGCAGUGCAGCCAGCACCGAUCUCGACAGCGCGGCGGACAGCCUUCACGAGCCCGACGAGAUCGACGCGAAGAGUGUGCAGAGCCCAGCGCUCGCGCGCGCGGUGCGCCUCCUUCUGGCGCAGGAGUCGCAGGGCGUGGCGGCCGACGCGGCGGGCGACGCGCUGAUGCAGUCCGUGCUGCUCAACCCGCGGCUGUGCGACGCGAUCCUCCGCUUCUUCGAGGGCCAGAAGGACCUCGUCGAGGCCUCCGCCGGCCGGGAUGCCGACGCCGCCGUCGGCGAGUCGUACGCGCUGCUCAUCUACGCGUGCGUCAAGCUGCGCCGGCUUGACCAGGCCUUUGUGCACUUCGACACGAUGGUCCGGCGCGGGCUGGAGCCCGACCCGCGCGUCUUUGCCGCGCUCCUCAAGGGCUGCGGCCGCGCGAGGCAGCUCAAGCGGGGCGAGCGCUUCUUCGAGAGCCUCCUCGACGCGAACGCGGCGGGGGCGCGCAGCGCGACGGCGUACAACGCGCUCAUCAACAUGUACUCGCACCAGAAGCAGCGGCCCGCCACCCUGCUCCCGCACGAGGAGAUGUAG